CUACAGAGCCAGACUUUGGACUUUUGAGAGAAUCUUGUGUUUUAUGUAUAAACACUCCUCUAAGGAAAAAAGAAUACUGUGGUUUUUAAGACCUAAAGGUGCUCUUAUAAAGACUAUAUUAAUGAAUGUACCUAUUUUAAGUUUAAACUUCUUUUGGAUUGUGGUUGGUAAAGGACGUUGAAAAAGACAAGCUCAACCUAAAGGUGCUAAUUUUAAUGACUUUGGUUAUUGAGUACACACUGGGUACUAGCAAAGAACAGAGUAUUCACCUGGGGAUUUAAAUCUUAAGUUAGAAAGGGCGUUAAAACCCAGAUGUAAAACAGAAUGGUACUACAACAGUCUCUUUCCAUCUGAAGUUACAUUCCCUGAUUUGGAUUUGUCUUUUAUUACAUAAUCUCUACACUCUACGUGGGGCUCAAACUCACAACCCUGGGAUCAAGAGUUGUAUACUCUACCAACUGAGCCAGCUAGGCACCCCUGGAUUUGUCCUUUAGGUUUCCUGAACUUGCUGCUUAGUAUCUUUGGACAAUGUUUCACAUACAUUUGAUACUCAGUAAAAAGGUGGAUAAUUUGCAAGAUAAGUUGUUAGGGAGGUAAGUCUGGGUGCUCCAAAUAUAAUAAAAUAAAUAUUUGAGGAGGAAUGCUUAGAAAAUUAUUUCACUAGAAAACAAUUUUUAGAAAUUGUAGCUACGUCAAGCACUCAUGGUCACUAUUGGUCUAGCUUCUGCCAAAACCAAUACUGCUACAGCAAAUAUUUCAUAACUAAGUAUCUGCAUUUAGAGAGGUUAAAGCUAAUUGACAAAAUGAGUUAUUGCUUACCUAUUGUCUAUUUUUUAAUUUUAAUGUAGGCAUUGUGAAAGGCAAGGUUGAAGGAUUUGAGAGACCAGGAGAAAGCAACCAACCACGGAAGACCUUCUGCUGAUACCUGUGGUCACACCCUUUCCAGAAAUUCCUGGCUGGUAACCGCGAAGCUGGGGGAAAGCGAGAGCUGGGGGAACUGGAGAAGACUGCUCUAAUCUGACUUGACUGGCUGGGAACAGACGCAUCAUCAUAAUAACCAAGAUUUGCAAAGCGUUCUCUAGAGAACCGAGCCUUUUGCUGGACCCAUGUUCCUGCCUGUGCUCCCAUGACGGGGUGGAUAGCACUGCUUGUGCCUGUGACCCAGAACCCUGGCUGACCACAUUGAAGCAGGAUGCUCCAGCAGGUUAAUGGCCACAGUUCAGGCUCUGAUGCCCAAGGCGGGGGAUCCCUCAGAAAAGACCUGCAGAAGUUCCUGAGUGGGGAAGCCCCACUGCACCAGCUGGAUGACCUCACCAAGGUGAAUCCUGUGACACUGGAGACAGUCCUGAGGUGUUUGCAGGCUCGGUACGCAGCAGACACGUUCUACACCAAUGCUGGCUGCACCUUGGUGGCUCUGAACCCCUUCAAGCCCAUCCCUCAGCUCUACUCAACAGCACUGAUGAGAGAGUACCAUGCUGCUCCUCAGCCCCAGCCAUGUAGUCAUUCAGAGUCUGCCGGUGCCAGGGCGACCGAAAUAUUUUGGACACGUGACAGCAGGUACAAAAAAUUGAAGCCCCACAUCUUCACGGUGGGUGAACAGACAUACAGGAAUGUCAAGAGCCUGAUUGAACCAGUCAACCAGUCUAUCAUCGUCAGCGGAGAGAGUGGUGCUGGAAAGACAUGGACGUCCCGCUGCCUGAUGAAGUUCUACGCUGUGGUGGCUGCCUCACCCACAUCCUGGGAGAGCCACAAGAUCGCAGAGAGGAUCGAGCAGCGAAUCUUAAACUCCAACCCUGUCAUGGAAGCUUUUGGGAACGCGUGCACACUGAGGAAUAACAACAGCAGUCGCUUUGGGAAGUUCAUCCAGCUCCAGCUGAACAGGGCCCAGCAGAUGACUGGAGCUGCAGUCCAGACGUACCUCCUAGAGAAAACUCGAGUGGCCUGCCAGGCCUCCAGUGAGAGGAACUUCCACAUCUUCUACCAGAUCUGUAAAGGAGCCAGCACGGACGAGAGGCUCCAGUGGCACCUCCCCGAGGGAGCAGCCUUCUCUUGGCUGCCCAACCCAGAGAGGACCUUGGAAGAGGAUUGUUUCGAGGUGACCAGAGAGGCCAUGCUUCAUUUGGGCAUCGACAACCCCACUCAGAACAACAUCUUUCAGGUCCUGGCUGGACUGCUGCACCUCGGCAACAUCCGGUUUGCUGACUCUGAGGAUGAAGCCCAGCCCUGCCAGCUGAUGGGUGAUGCCAAGUGCUCUAUCAGGACAUCAGCCUCACUGCUGCAGCUUCCAGAAGACCCACUGCUAGAGACACUGCAGAUUAGAACCAUCAGGGCGGGCAGACAGCAGCAAGUGUUCCGGAAGCCCUGCUCCCGAGCUGAGUGUGACACACGCAGGGACUGUCUGGCCAAACUAGUCUAUGCACGGCUUUUUGACUGGCUGGUAUCCGUGAUCAAUAGCAGCAUCUGUGCAGACCCUGACUCCUGGACCACUUUCAUAGGCCUGCUGGAUGUGUACGGAUUUGAGUCCUUUCCCAACAACAGCCUGGAACAGUUGUGCAUCAACUAUGCCAACGAGAAGCUGCAGCAGCACUUUGUGGCUCACUACCUAAAGGCUCAACAGGAGGAAUACACAGUUGAGGGCCUGGAGUGGUCAUUUGUCAACUACCAGGACAACCAGACCUGCUUGGAUCUCAUCGAGGGGAGCCCCAUAAGCAUCUGCUCCCUUAUAAAUGAGGAAUGCCGCCUUAAUCGGCCAAGCAGUGCAACCCAGCUCCAGACACGCAUCGAGAGAGCCCUGGCAGGCAACCCCUGCCUAGGCCACAACAAGCUAAGCCAGGAGCCCAGCUUCAUUGUGGUACAUUACGCAGGGCCGGUGCAGUACCACACCGCAGGCCUGGUAGAGAAGAACAAGGACCCUGUCCCCCCUGAGCUGAACAGGCUCCUCCAGCAAUCCUGGGACCCCCUGCUCAAGGUGCUGUUUCCUACUGAUCCCGAGGAGCAGCCCUCUGGCCAGAGCAGAGCCCCUGUGUUGACCGUCGUGUCCAAGUUCAAGGCCUCCCUGGAGCAGCUUCUACAGGUUCUGCAUAGCACCACACCCCACUACAUUCGCUGUAUCAAGCCCAACAGCCAGGGCCAGGCGCACAUCUUUCUCCAGGAGCAGGUCCUGAGCCAGCUGGAGGCGUGUGGCCUCGUGGAGACCAUCCACAUCAGUGCUGCUGGCUUCCCUAUCCGAAUCUCUCAUCAGAACUUCGUGGAACGAUAUGAAUUACUGAGAAGGCUCCGUGCUCGCACAUCCUCUGGCCCCCACAGCCCAUCUCCUGAUGAACGGCACUCAGAAGGGUCUCCGUGCACGGAGGCGGCCACACUGCAACCUCUCCUCCAGGACAUCCUCCACACUCUACCAGCUCUGUCUCAGGCUGCAGCCACACUUGGUGACCCAGCUGAGGCCACACCAGCCCCAGUUUGUUGUGGCAGAACCAAGGUGUUCAUGACUGACUCCAUGCUGGAGCUUCUGGAACAUGGACGUGCCCAGGUGCUGGAACAAUGUGCCCGCUGCAUCCAACGUGGCUGGAGGCAACACUGGCACCGCAAGCAGGAGAGGCAGAGGCAGGCCGCUGUGCUCAUCCAGGCAGCCAUCCGUUCCUGGUUAACUCGGAAACACGUCCAGAGACUGCACACAGCUGCCACAGUCAUCAAGCGUGCAUGGAAGAGAUGGAGAAUUGGAAUGGCCUUCCUUGCUUCUAAAGAACUGGAUGGUGUGGAGGAAAAACACGUGUCUCCAGUUCCCCUUUCCACAGGCUCCUGCCUGCUGCCACAGACACAGAGCAGCCUCCUGGCAGCAAUAAUCCGCCUCUGGCCCCUGGGACUGGUCCUUGCCAAUGCAUCGGUGGGUGUCCAGGGCUUUCGGAGGAAGCUGGUGGUCUGGGCCUGCCUCCAGCUACCCACGGGGAGCCACAGCAGCUACAAGGUCCAGACAGCACAGGAACAAGCUGGCAUCACAUCCAUCCGAGCACUGCCUCAGGGCUCAGUCAAGUUCCACUGCAGAAAGUCUCCACUGCCAUAUGCUGACAUCUGCCCUGAACCGUCACCCUAUAGUGUUACUGGCUUUAAUCAGAUUCUGCUGGAAAGACACAGCCUGGGCCACGUGUGAUGUCUUCUCACCUCUCAGCCUCACCUGGCUGGGCAAUCCUUUGGUGCCUUUUUGUCUACGAGGCCUUUUCCUGCCAGCUGCCUUGCCAAAGACAUUUAAUCCACACAAAGCUGCCAAACUACUCCCACAGCAACUCCAAGCACCUGAGAGCGAGUAAAGGCUGCCACAGCCCUACACAAGGGACCUGGGGCUCCCAUUGACAUCUCCGAGCCCUCACAGGGGUCAGGGGCUGGUUACCAAAUCAGGGCUAAGAAACCUCAGGGCCACAGAGCACUACUUCCCACAUUUUACUACCCUCAUAGAUCCAACUUGGCAGUGGAGUCUGUCACUAUAGUGGGGCUCCCCUGAUUCCCUACAAACAGAACAGACGUCGGCUUGAAAUUAGCUCUAAAAUUUCAACUGGGAUAUUUACAGGAACAAAACCCUACUAUUUAAUACAUUGAUUUAUUUAAUGUAAUUUCAAGCAAUUAUGAAUUAAGGAUGAACAAAGCAAUUUACCAUCAAAUCACUGUAUCUUGAUUUUAUUUAGCGACAUUAAGCAAGUUUUAACUCAGAUGAGUAUGAAACUUGACAAAUUAUGUGUGAUGUCUAAACUGCACCAAAAUUAAAACAUUUAAAGACAACUAUCUGAAUGUUAAGUUCUCUCUCCAAUAAAGGGUUUACCACCUCGA